UUUUGCAUAGACAGCCGGCAACACAUCCUGAAUAUUGAACAUGAAGCGCUUACUUUCGUCUUCAGUCAACAGCAAACAAAAUCCCGAUUUCUUUCUAGAGAAUUGAGCGAUCUCCUUUACUCAGAAACCUGAAAGCCUUCCUUCGUACAAAAAUGUUGUCAUUAAGGAUCAUAGCAGUUUUUGUACUAGUAGUGUUUUUUGGGCUCUGGUCAUCAGUGUUGUGUCUGCCUGUGAAGCAACAAAGUGGCGCCCAACACGACAACACGACAGAACUACAUAGUAAUUCUACUUCACAUUCACCACAUGAGAAGUCCACAUUUAAAGUAGCGACCGUUGAUUUUAACAAUGUUGCUGGUCCUUUCACGAUCAUGCUAUGGAUCCUGAUAGCAAGCUUCGCAAAACUCGGGUUUCAUAUGUCUUCAAGAUUGUCUUCAUUAUUCCCAGAAUCAAGUUUGGUAAUUCUUUUAGGAAUUCUUAUUGGUGGUAUACUCAAAGCUAUUGAUUUUCAUGUACCAGUGUUCACCUCUAGAGUGUUCUUCCUUUUCAUGCUUCCUCCUAUUGUACUUGAAGCUGGCUACUUCCUUCAGGACAGRGCCUUCUUUGAUAACAUUGGUACUAUUCUUCUCUAUGCUGUAGUGGGAACCUUAUUUAAUGCCUUUGCCGUAGGGCUCUCUCUCUAUGGAUUAACCAAGAACGUGGUUCAUCUGUCUCUUAUGCAGUGUUUGAUAUUUGGAGCACUGAUAGCUGCUGUUGAUCCWGUAGCUGUAUUGGCUGUGUUUGAAGAAGUCAAGGUUAAUGUGAUGCUCUACAUAUUGGUGUUUGGAGAAUCMCUUGUGUUCUUGGGUAUUGCCAAYUUCCUUGUCGUCAGCUUGGGCGGCACCUUAAUGGGGGCACUCUGGGGUUUUGCAACAGGUUUUGCUACUAAAUUUACAGACCAUGUGAGAGUUAUUGAGCCCAUCUUUGUGUUCGUGAUGAGCUACCUGUCAUAUCUUUGUGCUGAAAUGUUUCAUCUUUCUGGAAUUAUGAGAAUAAAUAWUUGCAUUAUUUCUAUACCAGGUGUUGCAAUACUGACAUAUCUAGCAAACCGUUUUGGCAGACUGAAUAAGCUAUCAGCUGUCGACCAGUUUAUUAUGUCUUAUGGUGGAAUUAGAGGUGCUGUGUCAUUCUCUUUGGCUAUUCUUCUCUCUGAGGAACACUUUCCUCUCAAGAAUAUGAUUGUUACCACGACUAUAGUUACAGSAGUUUUUACGAUAUUCUUCCAAGGAACGACCAUCAAACCACUAGUCCGGGUUCUAAAUGUCAGGCUCCAUGGUGAAGAAGGACCUGACAUGUAUGCACAACUCAACGACAAGUUGUUAGAUCACUUAGUCGCAGGAAUGGAAGAAGUAUCAGGUCAUCGUGGGCAUACCUAUUACUGGGAGAUGUUUGAGCACUUUCAUAAUCGUUUCCUCCGAAAAUGGCUGGUCAGAGAGAACGAGAGUAUAAUCAAUGAUGACGAUAUCUUGCUUGCCUACCGUAAACUUGAAUACAAGGACGCGUUAACACACUUGGAAAGAGAAGGGAGUGGUUCCUUACUUUUUGCCAGCCCAUCUGGACAUCAUUUGAAAGCGUUAGAUCACACAGCUUUGGCAAAUGAGGGAGAUCUAGAUAGCGAAUCCCUAUUACUAAGGGGCGGCACCUUUCUUCGUGUUCCAGACUUGGUCUUACGAGACCUCAGGUCCUCUACAGAACCUUCGGAAAGUAUCACAAUUUCGGAAACUCCACACAAUCUCAGCAAUAUCUUAUCAAGAUCGAGAAAGACUUACAGCCAUCGGAAGUUUCAACGUAACAACAUUUUGGAUGAUUACGUGGACAGCAGUAUGACACCAAGCUACCUUCUUCCAUAUCAUGCUCCUCAGUCACUACGCUUCAAAGUUCCUUCAACGUCUUCAGAAUCRAGGUCACACAAACAUCGCCGACAUCACAAAAAGAAAGGCCAUCGCAAGAAACACGGUUCGGAACCAUUCCAAAAAAAGAAAAAACUGUCCACGAUUUUUGAGCCCGAAGAAGGUGAAGGAAAAGCCGAGGAAAGAGAAAAUGAAAUUGAGGCAGCGAGACCGCAAGGCAUUAAAGAGGAUGCCGAUGAAGGGAUAUCGUUUGUUGCCAGUGGUGUUCGAUGGAAAAUUGGCCGCACGCUUUCGGUGGAGGAGACAGAAACAGAUAAACUCAUUCCAAGGGUUGUUGUAGAAAGAGCGAAUGAAGAAGAGAGUGAUUCGAGCUCAAGUGAAUAUGAAAGUACGGGCGAUGAACUGGAAAAACAGGAUGAAUUGGAAACAUCGCCAAAAGAAAAAACUGAGCCGGAUUGUGAAGGUUUUGAACCUCCUGCAGAACCACAGGCUACCCAAGAGGGAUAUAUUUCAGACGAGCGGCAAAAURCAGAAGACAACCCUAUUGAGUCUAUACCCCUCGUGUCGUUCGUUGUAGACAUAGAGGAUGAAACACCAGACAUUAAGAGGGGAGAUGAUAGAGAUUCCGAGUUAUAGCGACUACAGUAGCUGUAGAAGAUACAGGAAAAGACAAGGAAGUGUUUAGUGUACACAAUAUAAUAGACUUUUCGAGGUUGAGGGCCGUAAUGUUUUCCUGAAUGACGUCAUGUCCGGUCUCGUGUGAAAUUUUUACCAGAUUCAGUUGAACAUGGCGGAGAGUGUUAGCUUUUCACUGAAGGCUGGUAAUGGGUUUCUCCAACUGAUUUAUUAARUAUAAAACCAAGUAACUAAUCAUACUAGACUAUCAUUUAGUUUAGUAUCGUUUGUUUGUUUACAGUUAAAA